AAGUUUCAAUUAGUUUUCAAUCGGCCCACUAACGCAAACCGACGCUCCUCUCUCUGAACCCCCCCAGGGGUCUGCAAUUACUGUAGCGCCAAGCUUCCUCCUCUCGGGGUUGGCGGGGUUUCUUCUUCCUUGAUUCAGGGAUGUAGGAGGAAGAUAGCAGGUGCAGCAGUUCCUUAAAAAUGGAAGGCUGUGACUGCAUUGAGCCACAAUGGCCUGCUGAUGAGCUUUUAGUGAAGUAUCAAUAUAUCUCUGAUUUCUUCAUUGCCCUUGCCUACUUCUCUAUUCCACUUGAGCUCAUUUAUUUCGUGAAGAAGUCUUCAUUUUUCCCUUAUAGAUGGGUGCUUAUACAGUUUGGUGCCUUCAUUGUUCUUUGUGGAGCAACCCACUUGAUAAACUUGUGGACAUUCACAAUGCACUCAAGGACACUUGCUAUAGUAAUGACGGUAGCAAAAGUUUCGACUGCGGUCGUGUCAUGUGCAACAGCCUUGAUGCUUGUUCACAUAAUUCCUGAUCUGUUAAGUGUGAAAACAAGGGAGCUUUUCCUUAGGAACAAAGCUGAAGAGCUUGAUAGAGAGAUGGGUCUUAUACGCACACAGGAAGAGACAGGGAGGCAUGUGAGGAUGCUCACUCAUGAAAUUCGAAGUACUCUUGACAGACACACUAUAUUGAGGACCACCCUUGUUGAACUUGGGAGGACUCUAGAUUUGGCAGAAUGUGCUUUAUGGAUGCCUUCACGGACCGGGCUUAAUCUCCAGCUUUCUCAUACUUUAAACAAUCAAAUUCCUGUUGGUUCUGUUGUUUCUAUUAACCUUCCUGUAGUUAAUCAAGUUUUUAAUAGCAGUCGUGCAGUUAGAAUCCCACAUACAUGUCCACUUGCAAGGUUUCAACCUCAUACAGGAAGAUAUGUACCCCCAGAGGUCGUAGCAGUCAGGGUGCCACUCUUACAUCUAUCAAAUUUCCAAAUAAAUGAUUGGCCUGAGCUGUCUGCUAAAAAUUUUGCUGUGAUGGUCUUGAUGCUACCAUCAGAUAGUGCAAGGAAAUGGCAUGUUUAUGAACUAGAGCUUGUUGAGGUUGUUGCAGAUCAGGUUGCAGUAGCUCUUUCACAUGCCGCCAUCUUGGAGGAAUCCAUGCGGGCGCGAGAUCAACUCAUGGAUCAGAAUGUCGCUUUAGAUUUAGCACGGCGGGAGGCAGAGAUGGCCAUUCGUGCACGGAAUGAUUUUUUGGCUGUCAUGAACCAUGAGAUGCGGACCCCCAUGCAUGCAAUCAUUGCUCUAUCCUCCCUGCUUCUUGAAACCGAACUGACUCCGGAGCAACGUUUGAUGGUAGAAACUAUCUUGAAGAGCAGUAACUUGUUAGCAACACUAAUAAAUGAUGUUUUAGACCUUUCUAAGCUCGAGGAUGGCAGCUUCGAGUUAGAGGUUACAGUUUUCAAUCUUCACACUGUCUUUAGAGAGGUCGUAAAUUUGAUAAAACCAAUAGCAGCCGUCAAGAAGUUGUCAUUGAUUGUGUUUCUUUCUCCGGACUUGCCGUCGUGUGCCGUUGGAGACGAGAAACGGCUUAUGCAAACUAUGCUUAAUGUUGUUGGAAAUGCUGUUAAAUUUACGAAGGAGGGUAGCAUAUCUAUUACAGCGAGUAUAGCAAAACCUGAUUCAUUGAGAGAUCCUAGAGACCCAGAGUUCUACCCCAUCCCAAGUGACGGCCAUUUUUAUUUACGAGUGCAGAUCAAGGACACUGGUUGCGGAAUAAGUCCGCAGGAGUUGCCACACCUCUUCACUAAAUUUGCACAUGCCCAAAAUGGUUCUGACAAAGGUUACAACGGCUCUGGGCUUGGGCUUGCUAUUUGCAAGAGAUUUGUGAAUAUCAUGAAAGGACACAUUUGGCUUGAAAGCGAAGGUAUUGGGAAAGGCUGCACCACCAUUUUCAUUGUGAAGCUGGGCAUCAGUGAGGAUCCUGCGCAUCGGUUUCAGCACAAAUUAUUACCCCCAAUCCGAGCAGGCCAAUCCGAAGCAGAUGCUUUUGGUUCAAAACCGACGCCGACGGAUUUGAUUCCAUUGAAAAAUCGGUAUCAACGAAGCUUGUAGUGAGACAAAAAUGAGUAAUUGAAAGCAGUUGGAUCUGUGCUUGUACACUCGAAAAUAAAGUUGGAAGUGAAGUGCAAUUAAAAGAAGCAAUUUUCUGUCAUUCCAGAUUUCCAGAUUCCAGGGGUUGAAAUGAAAAAUGUGAGUUGAGUAUUUACAAAGUUGUUCUGGGUUUACUGAACUAUUGGAAUUUAUUGUGGGGCAGUUUUAUUGAGUGAGUAUCAAAUCUGGAAGUGUGGUGUUUAGUAUUAACUUAAGCUUACAUGGAGUUAAUGUUCACUAUAAAAUUUGUAUGACAUGUUUUAUCUGCUGACAGGCUAAGGAGAUUGAUCCCGCUGAUUAAUAAAUCAAAAUUUGAUGAGAAAAAGUUGUU